AGCCGGAUGGAAUUUGCACCCCCUUCUCUGUACUUUCUGGUUUUUCCAAGGCAUCCACCCACCCACUCACUCACCCACCCACCCCUCCCCGCUGGCCCCAAAAUCAGCCGGCUAUGCUAAUCUUCGAGGUGUUUUCUGUUGCUGCUGCUGUUACUAUCACACAAGUUUGAGGCUGUGUGUAGGAGUUGUCUGCGUCUGGGGAGUGAGAGCAAAGAAAGGGAAGCUGUGUCUUCCCCAAUCUCUUCUCUCCCUCUCUCUCUCUCUCUCAUUCACUCACUCUCACUGUCUUUUUGGAGAAGAUGACACUCUUGAGUAAGCAAGAAGUUAAUUCUCUUGAGUAAGCAACUUUAUUGUAAGGUCUGAGUAGACUCCUCUGGGCUCAGGAGCCGGAGUAGGAGGAACCCAAGGGUGAACUAGACAGAAGAAGAAGGAAAAAAAACACCCAGCUGUUCUUCAGACACCAGAAAAGCAGAGCUGGGAAGAAGAAAAAUCAAUUUUGCUGAGCCAAAAAGCAAAUUAAUGCAGGGAUUUUGAAAGGGGGAACGGAAUUCUUUUGGAUAGUCCCUAAACUUCCCCCUGUUCAUCAUCAUCUUCUUCUUCUUCUUUUUGAUUUCAAUGAGACAGACAAUUGUUUUGAGUUGAGGAAUUAUUCCAGAGUUUGGGGCACUUUGGAUCCAUCGCUCCUCCGGCCUCCUGGGUGCUGACUUCACCGCGGACUUCGUCAUUUGUUUUCUCCGAUUCGAGGGGUCAUUUCUUUGGCCGCCUUUCCAUGAUUCGGUGAAGGCAGAGGCUGCUGCUUCUUGGGGAGAAAUCUGGUUUUUCCCCCAACAGAUUUUUCUGGAUUCCUUUUUUUUUUUUUUUUAAUAUAAAUUUCCUCCCCCUCUUUUUUUUCCCUUCCUUCCACCGAUGAGCUACUAAACUGUGUUGGAAGCUGGGAUGAUUUUCGAGGCAACUUUUCGGUUUGGGAAGAUGGACCAAGUGAGGUGGUGCCUUCUGGCCAGUUUGCUGGCUUGGUCGAUGGGCAUCAGCCACACCCAGGAAGUGGGAUACUUCCAUGAAAGUCCGUCGAAUUUGACCUCGUCUUUGGGGAAGGACGUGAAGCUCACCUGCUUGGUCCUGGCCCUGGGCGAGGCACCGGAGAUCAGCUGGCUGAAGGAUGGUGAGGCCUUCGAAAUUGCCAACAUUAACCAGAUCCAGGUGCCUUUGGACGAAGAAGAAUGGAUGACCACCAGCGAACUGAGGUGAGCAUCUGGCAACAUGGCUGGCAGGGUUUUAAUGGGCCA